AUGUCUUGCUCCAAACCUGAUACAGUUCAAGCAAUUAUAGGACAAACAUCAUCUAGCUCUACUAUUGCUAUUGCUGCAACUGUGGGACCUUUAAACAUCCCUGUGGUAGUCAGUGAGCUGCAGAAACUUCAUUUCACCACUACAAAUGGAGAGGAUGUAUACUUUGAUGAGAAUGGAGAUCCAGCAGCAAGGUAUGAACUGCUAAAUUGGAAACAAGACAAAGAUGGUAAUAUGGUGUAUGUUAAAGUGGGCUUCUAUGAUGGCUCUUUGCAAACACAUUUUCAGCUGUCAUUUAACAACAUCACUAUAUCCUGGGCCCACAAUAAACCACAGGUGCCAAUCUCUGUGUGUAGUAAAAGUUGUUCCCUGGGCACCAGGAAGGCUGUACAGAAAGGAAGGCCAAUCUGCUGCUUUGACUGUAUACCAUGUGCAGAGGGAGAAAUCAGUAAUAUAACAGAUUCUAUAACUUGUACCAAGUGCCCACCUGAGCUGUGGUCUAAUGACAGGAAAGAUAUGUGUGUCUUAAAGAUGGUGGAAUUCCUGUCAUUUGAGGAAAUAAUGGGAAUCAUACUUGUAUCAUUUUCUUUGUUAGGAGUAUCAUUAACCAUCUGCAUUGCAGUAAUUUUCUUUAAACAUAAAGACACACCAAUUGUUAGAGCAAAUAAUUCUGAACUGAGCUUUCUGCUGCUCUUCUCUCUGACUCUGUGUUUCCUCUGUUCAGUCACAUUCAUUGGUCAGCCCUCUAAAUGGUCCUGUAUGUUACGGCACACAGCGUUUGGGAUCACCUUUGUCCUCUGUAUCUCCUGUGUUCUGGGGAAAACAGUAGUUGUGUUAAUGGCCUUCAGGGCUACACUUCCAGGCAGUAAUGUGAUGAAAUGGUUUGGACCUACACAGCAGAGACUCAGUGUACUUGCCUUCACUCUUGUACAAGUCAUUAUUUGUGUACUUUGGUUAACAAUUGCUCCUCCUUUUCCAUACAAAAAUAUGAACUACUACAAGGAAAAGAUCAUAUUAGAAUGUCAUGUAGGCUCAGCUAUAGGUUUCUGGGCUGUACUGGGCUAUAUAGGAUUCCUGGCUCUUUUGUGUUUUAUCUUGGCUUUUCUGGCCCGAAAGUUGCCUGACAAUUUCAAUGAAGCCAAAUUCAUCACAUUUAGCAUACUUAUAUUCUGUGCAGUUUGGAUCACAUUUAUUCCUGCCUAUGUCAGCUCUCCUGGAAAAUUCACUGUAGCUGUAGAGAUAUUUGCCAUAUUAGCCUCCAGUUUUGGAUUGUUAUUCUGCAUAUUUCUUCCAAAGUGUUACAUAAUCAUACUGAAACCUGAGAAGAACACUAAAAAGCAGAUGAUGGGUAAAACAAAUGCUUAA